UGCAGUAGAUCUAAUGCUGAUUUAUGAAAUCUUUCCAAUGUGACUAAAAUGUAAAAUGAAUGCAAUGGGAGGAGUCAUUUUAGCGGAUGGCAAGCCUUAUGUUUGGAAGAGCUGCAGGAAAAAUGACCCAGGUGCCCUUUGGGCACAGUUCACCGAGGAGGAGGACCUUUGUUGGAACUUUAUAGAUGUCUCCAAGCCUCAAAGGCAAUGUCCAGGAACAACAAAGAACGACCACAAUAUUUUGUUCCAGGAUUAAGCUAGGGUAUUCUUAAGCCUGGUUUCCUUAUAGAACAAGACAAAAGUACACUACAGGAAGAACAGUGAGCAAAUGAAAACAGGAACAAAGGGAAUGUGGAAAUGAAAGAGAGAGGGAGAGAGAGGCUGGCAGAUGUAAUGAGACGCGGUGAAGGUGUACGCAGACUGGCACUCCCACUCCUCCCUUCUGCUCUCACUGCAGCCCUGGGUAACUCGCAGGCUAACACAAACAGCUUUUCUCCCGCAGCCUGCCCUCUGUCACUGUCACUUUCAUGAAUUCAAAGGCAAUUUACCAGUGAUUUCUGGGUGCUGGGGCUGACUUUUUGUGCGUAAUUCUCACAGUUUCAUGUAAACUUAAGUGAAUGAAUUCAUUAAUAAAAGCAGAUUUUCUAUUUUCAUUUCACCUCUGGGCUCUUUUAUACCUUUGGAACACACAGGCACAACAAAAAGAAGAAUGUCUUCCAAGCAAGCCACCUCUCCAUUUGCCUGUGCAGCUGAUGGAGAGGAAACCAUGACCCAGGAUUUGACCUCAAGGGAAAAGGAAGAGGGCAAUGAUCAACAUGUGGCCUCCCAUCUGCCCCUGCACCCAAUAAUGCACAACAAACCUCACUCUGAGGAGCUCCCCACACUUGUCAGUACCGUUCAACAAGAUGCUGACUGGGACAGCGUUCUGUCAUCCCAGCAAAGAAUGGAGUCAGAGAAUAAUAAGUUAUGUUCCCUAUAUUCCUUCCGAAAUACCUCUACCUCACCACAUAAGCCUGAUGAAGGGAGUCGGGACCGCGAGAUCAUGACCAGUGUUACUUUUGGAACCCCAGAGCGCCGCAAAGGGAGCCUUGCUGAUGUGGUGGAUACACUGAAACAGAAGAAGCUUGAGGAAAUGACUCGGACUGAACAAGAGGAUUCCUCCUGCAUGGAAAAACUACUUUCAAAAGAUUGGAAGGAAAAAAUGGAAAGACUAAAUACAAGUGAACUUCUUGGAGAAAUUAAAGGUACACCUGAGAGCCUGGCAGAAAAAGAACGGCAGCUCUCCACUAUGAUUACCCAGCUGAUCAGUUUGCGGGAGCAGCUCCUGGCAGCGCAUGAUGAACAGAAAAAACUGGCAGCCUCGCAAAUUGAGAAACAACGGCAGCAAAUGGACCUUGCUCGCCAACAGCAAGAACAGAUUGCAAGACAACAGCAGCAACUUCUGCAACAGCAACACAAAAUUAAUCUCCUGCAGCAACAGAUCCAGCAGGUUCAGGGUCACAUGCCUCCGCUCAUGAUCCCAAUUUUUCCACAUGACCAGCGGACCCUGGCAGCAGCUGCUGCUGCCCAACAGGGAUUCCUCUUCCCCCCUGGAAUAACAUACAAACCAGGUGAUAACUACCCCGUACAGUUCAUUCCAUCAACAAUGGCAGCUGCUGCUGCUUCUGGACUCAGCCCUUUACAGCUCCAGAAAGCUCAUGUCUCUCACCCACAAACUAAUCCAAGGCUAAAGGGCCUAAGUGACCGUUUUGGCAGGAAUUUGGACACCUUUGAACAUGGUGGUGGCCACUCUUACAACCACCAACAGAUUGAGCAGCUCUAUGCCACUCAGCUGGCCAACAUGCAGGUGUCACCUGGAGCAAAGAUACCAUCAACUCCACAGCCUCCAAACACAGCAGGCGCCGUCUCACCUACUGGGAUAAAAAAUGAAAAGAGAGGGACCAGCCCUGUAACUCAAGUUAAGGAUGAAGCAGCAGCACAGCCGCUGAAUCUCUCAUCCAGACCCAAGACAGCAGAGCCUAUAAAGUCCCCAACAUCUCCCACCCAGAGCCUCUUCCCAGCCAGCAAAACCAGCCCUGUCAAUCUGCCAAACAAAAGCAGCAUUCCCAGCCCCAUUGGAGGAAGCUUGGGAAGAGGAUCCUCUUUAGGUAAAUGGAAAAGUCAACACCAGGAAGAGACUUAUGAAUUAGAUAUCUUGUCCAGUCUCAACUCCCCUGCCCUGUUUGGGGAUCAGGAUACAGUGAUGAAAGCCAUUCAGGAGGCUCGGAAGAUGCGAGAACAGAUCCAGCGGGAGCAACAGCAGCAACAGCCACAUGGUAUUGAUGGGAAACUGUCCUCCAUGAAUAAUAUGGGGCUGAACAACUGCAGGAAUGAAAAGGAAAGAACGCGCUUUGAGAAUUUGGGGCCCCAGUUAACAGGAAAGUCAAGCGAAGAUGGAAAGCUGGGCCCAGGUGUCAUCGACCUUACUCGGCCGGAAGAUGCAGAGGGAAGUAAAGCAAUGAAUGGCUCUGCAGCUAAACUACAGCAGUAUUAUUGUUGGCCAACAGGAGGUGCCACUGUGGCUGAAGCUCGAGUCUACAGGGAUGCCCGCGGCCGGGCGAGCAGUGAGCCACACAUCAAGCGACCAAUGAAUGCAUUCAUGGUUUGGGCGAAGGACGAGAGGAGGAAAAUCCUUCAGGCCUUCCCCGACAUGCACAACUCCAACAUUAGUAAAAUCUUAGGAUCUCGCUGGAAAUCCAUGUCGAACCAGGAGAAGCAACCUUAUUAUGAAGAGCAGGCCCGGCUAAGCAAGAUCCACUUAGAGAAGUACCCGAACUAUAAAUACAAACCCCGGCCGAAACGCACCUGCAUUGUUGAUGGCAAAAAGCUCCGAAUCGGGGAGUAUAAGCAACUGAUGCGGUCUCGGCGACAAGAAAUGAGGCAGUUCUUUACUGUGGGGCAACAGCCUCAGAUUCCAAUCACCACAGGAACAGGUGUUGUGUAUCCCGGUGCUAUUACUAUGGCAACUACCACACCGUCACCUCAGAUGACAUCUGACUGCUCUAGCACCUCUGCCAGCCCGGAGCCCAGCCUGCCCGUCAUCCAGAGCACUUACGGAAUGAAGACGGACGGUGGAAGCCUCGCGGGAACCGAAAUGAUGAACGGAGAGGACGAAAUGGAAAUGUACGACGACUAUGAAGACGACCCCAAAUCAGACUAUAGCAGUGAAAACGAAGCCCCGGAGGCUGUCAGUGCCAACUGAGGAGUUUUGUUUGCUGAGUUAAAGUACUCUGACAUUUCACCCCCCUCCCCAACAAAAAGUUCUUAAAGAGCCCGCAUGCAUUUGUGGCUCCACGAUCACAUCAGCAGAAUGGUCUUAAUUGUUUCCUAAAGUGUGAGACAGAUUAAGUUUUCCCUGAUUUUUCAUGAACUUGAGUUUUUUUGUCGUUAUUAUUGUUGUUGUUUUUUAAUUUAGGUGAAGACAUAUUAAAUAUGAGACACCAGGACUUGAAAACUGAUCUCAACCCAUAGCUGUCGUACAAGUCUUAUAUUUUUGUCUUACUUGUUUUUUUUUCUUUUGGAUGUUGAUAAAGGUUUAAGUUACUGUUUUAGAUGGGGUUAAACAUUCUCACUCAGGUAUGCUGUGCCGGCCUACAGGUUGUGAAUGUGUUUUUAUUCUGAAUUACUUUAGAAAACAACUGAGGAUUUCGCGUUGUGAAACAGGACAAGU